GGAGGGUUGAAAACGACGUGGUAUCAUCAUCUCGUUUUCCGUCAUUCUCUUCAUCAUCUCCCCCAAACUGCCACCACCAUGAAUGCAACUUCUCAUCCACCGACACGUGUGUGUGAAGACUGAACCCACCCUUUCUUUCACACCAUUCACUCUUCCCUUUCCCCAACCGAACCACCCACAACACAACACGAGACGUACGCGGCAGCGAACCGUUCCAUUCGGUUGCCGUCACAUGUCAUCAUUCAGAUGGAAUCUCAUUCUCAACUUCUCCACUAAAUCCCCCCAUUUCUUCCAUUUCUCUUCUUUUCCCACUUACCCAGUUCCUCCAAAUCACCUUUCACCACCAAAAGUUUCCACCUUUGUGGUCAGUUCCUGAUUUUCAGCUACACAUAUUGAUUCUCUUUUCAUUGGGCUUCUUUCUAUUUUUGGAAUCUUUUUUUGCCUCAACAGGGUUUUCUACUUUUCUUAGCUACCAAGUUUCAAUCUUUCUAUCAUUAUGAACAUGGGUUUUGCUUUUUAAUAUCUGGGCAUGUCUACAACUACCACAACUACUACAACUACAACCACAGUUUCUCUUUCCAAAAGAAUGGGUGGUUUCAGUUUCACAGUGUUCUUCAACACCUCGUUUGUCUUUUUGUUGUGUGUUUGUUUUAUAGUUCAUUUCAAGUACUCUUCAGAACAUGCUGUUUUGAAGAGCAACAACAACAACCGGUUUGGUUUUGGUGUUGAACAAUCUUGUAAGAGCUUCCUGAGCCUGAGUUAUGAAGCUAAGUGCUUGUACAUGAAAUCCAACAACAAUAAUCCAUGUGUUUCUCAGGGCUAUGUUGAUUACCUUUACCUUUUCUAUUGCAAAUUUGGGGGGUUUCCUAUAUUGGGUCAUUUUCUGUUGUUGCUCUGGCUAUUGGUUCUGUUUUAUCUGCUGGCAAACACUGCUUCUGAUUAUUUUUGUCCUUCCCUUGAACAUUUGUCUAAGUUGCUGAGGCUAUCCCCUGCUAUUGCUGGAGUGACCCUUCUAUCUCUUGGCAAUGGUGCUUGUGAUGUUUUUGCCACCCUUGUUUCUUUUGAGGGUAGUGAUGAUACCCGGGGGAUUGGGUUUAACACUGUGCUUGGGGGUGCUUCCUUUGUGUCAUGUGUUGUGGUGGGGAUUAUGAGCAUUUGUGUUCGCCAUAGAGGGAUUCGGGUUACGAAAUCUGCCUUGGUGAGAGAUGUGUGUUUUCUUCUCUUGGUUCUUCUAGGCUUGUUCACCAUUUUGAUCACUGGGGAGGUCAAUGUUGUUGGGGCAAUUGGUUUCUGCUUGUUGUAUGUGGUCUAUGUGAUAGUUGUUUAUGUCUCAUCUUCCCCAAGGAAAGGUGUCUGUGGGGAUGCUGAAACUGAAAGUGAUGACAAUUCAAGUAAUGGCAACAAUUUAAGUGCUCCUCUGCUCAGUGGGAUGGAGAAAGGACUAAUUGAUUCUGAUGCAAAUGGAGCUCAGGAAUGUUGCUUGAAAAUUGAGAACAAAUGCUGCUGUGUGAAAUCUUCAAUAUGUAGAAGGUUACUUUUUGUCUUGGAGAUGCCCCUUUACUUGCCUAGGAGAUUGACAAUACCUGUUGUAUGUGAAGAGAGGUGGUCCAAACCCUAUGCAGUUUCUUCAGCUAUACUAGCACCACUUUUAUUGUCUUCCUUGUGGAUCCCAGACAAGGAAACCAGUUUUUUUAAUUCCAACUCAAGCCUAAUAGUUUGUGGAAUUGGGUUAUUGGUUGGAAUUAUAUUAGGGGUAACUGCAUUUUUCACAACAGAAGUGUCAAAUCCACCUAGAAAAUACUUGUUUCCUUGGCUUGUUGGAGGGUUUGUGAUGAGUGUGGCAUGGAGCUACAUUUCAGCUCAGGAAUUGGUGGGGUUGUUGGUUUCACUUGGUCACAUAUGUGGAAUAAGUCCUUCAAUAUUGGGGUUAACAGUUCUUGCUUGGGGAAAUUCACUUGGGGAUUUGGUGACUAAUUUGACAAUGGCUUUGAAGGGUGGUCCAGAAGGUGCUCAAAUAGCAAUAUCAGGUUGUUAUGCUGGCCCUAUCUUCAAUAUAGUGGUUGGGUUGGGCUUAUCUCUUGUGAGCUCUUCUUGGUCUGAAUACCCUUCAUCUGUUGUGAUCCCUAGAGAUCCUUACCUGUGGGAGACAUUGGCACUUUUGGUGGCUGGAUUGGUUUGGGCACUUGUGGUUCUGAUUAGGAGGGAUAUGAAGCUUGAUGCAGUCCUUGGAGGAGGGCUUCUAGUUGUUUACUUCAUUUCUCUGUUUCUAAGGCUGGUUCAGACACUUGGAUCUCUCCAAUUUCAGGAUAUGUUAGUCUUAUAGCAUACGUAGAUUGGUUUCUCUUUUAUCAGAAUCAAUGCCAAAACUCAAAAGCUACUAAGAAGUUUUUCCUAGAAUUGGUUCUUACUUCAGAAUCAAUUGUAGAAGAAUUUCUUAAGAGGCUUCAAGAGAUGAUGAGAAUUAUAAAAUCGUCAUCAGAUUCUUAUAGCCAUUAGCAACUGACAUUACUCUCUGUAAAGAAACUAUAUUAUGUAACUAUGAUAGGUAGGGACUAGGCAGGCAUAGUUUGGCAUAGUUUGUUUGGGCCAAGGGGUUUAGCUUCCACUGCUGUUUAUACCUAGCUUUCAUUUGUUAAUACCAUUAGUAAUGCAUCAAGAUCAGAUACUUAAUAUACGCCUCAUUUUUCUCUAUAA